AUGCAAAAAGCCAAGAUACUUUAUUUUACUGUUUUUAUUCUUGCUGUCUUUGCAUUUGUUUUCCAUGUUACUGCGAUGGGUCAUCAUCAUUGGAAAACUGCAGUUAAACAUAAUUUUACUAACAUUAAUUACAUUAAUCAAACCACUAUUGGAUUGUUCACACGAUGUGUAACUUCAUAUUUCAAUGCAACAGAAACAUGUUUUCCUAAUAAAUUUCCAAUGAACAAUAACUUUCUCGAUUCGAACUUGUGCGUACAAAUACCUCUCAAUGAUAAUUUUCAAUGUGAUUUUUUACCAUCGACCAAAGGUAUUGCAUCAUGUGCAAUCAUUGCUGCGGUCUUUCUUGGCCUGGCAAUUGUUAUUCUAUUUAUUCAUUCAAUUAAUACAUCAGAAGCUCGUUCCGUAGGCAUAUGCCUUAGUUUCUUUCCAUUAUUGUUACUUUUAUUGACAUUCAUUUUUAUACUUAUUACAUUGAUACUCGUCGGAAGUUAUCUCUCACGAGACAUGAUGUAUAUUCUUCGAAGACCAUCAACUGAUUCAAAUCUCCAGCAACUUCUAGAAGAAGUUCGUCAAAUAUAUACUGUGCGAAUCGGUUGGUCCACUGGCUUAGAUAUAAUUGCCUUAGUCCUUACAUUUUUCUCAUUUAUUCUUUAUACCGUCUUUGUUUUUAAAGUUGGCCGAUCAUCGUAA